AUGGCGCUGUUCUAUUGCUCUCAUACUGCAUAUCUGACGCAACUUCUACAGAUAUUGAAAUAUUUUACACCAUUUCGUGUGUUUAUUUCCUGGUUUUACUUCGUAUUUGUCAGUAACGUCCAUCAAAAGUUAUGGGAUGUGAUGGAGGAACGAUCCCAAGACGAGAUGAACUCGUGAGAUUGAAGAAAAAACCAGAACAGGUGGAUAAAAACAUGGAACGGAUGGCAAAAUGGUUGCACUGUGCGAUUAGCCAGGAAGGCCUUCGACAGCCAAUCAUGGCUUGUGAACUCGGAAGAUUGUACAACAAGGAAUCCUUGCUUGAAUACCUUCUCGAUAAAUCAACAUGUGACUCGGCAAAACACAUCCGGGGUCUUAAGGAUGUGAAAGAGCUGAACUUGACUCCAAACCCUGCCUUCGAGAAAAAGGGAAAACAGAAGGAAGACCUUGACAACAGCAUCUCACAGUAUAUCUGCCCGGUGACAGGAUUGCAAAUGAAUGGUCACUACAAGUUCUGCUUUCUGUGGGAUUGCGGCUGCGUCUUGUCAGAAAAAGCCCUGAAGGAGGUCAAGUCUGAUGUUUGUCACAAGUGUGGUGCUGCCUACGAUGCGGAGGAUGCAGUUGUCAUUAACGGCACUGCCGAAGAGAUCGGUGACCUGCGAGCCAAGAUGGAAGACAAAAGGGCCAGAGCCAAGGCUGAGAAGAAAGCAAAAAAAGCACAGAAGAGAAAGUCAGACGCUCCGUGCACUGCAACCUCAUCCAACACAGACGAGCAACCAUCCUCAUCCAAACAAGUCAGAACUGACCCAGAGAAAUCGGCCAAUGGCCAUGCAGCAUCAUCCAAACUGACCAAUGGAACAGCAGAAGUGCCAUCCAAACUGACCAAUGGCCAGGCAGCAUCAUCCAGAUUGGCCACUGGGACGGCGGGAUCGUCCUCCAAACUGGCCAGUGGGGCAAAGGCAGGAUCCGGCAAAUUGUCCAAUGGCAGUGGGCCGUCGUUGAAAUCAACCAAUGGCAAUGCAGACACACCCUUUGAUCAUAAAAAGAGUGCCGUGUACAAGUCCCUCUUCUUACCCAAAGAUCAGAAGGACGUCGAGAAAGGACACUGGGUGACCUAUAACCCGUACUACGCAAUGUCAAAGUAGACAGAUCACUCCAAAGAUAUUAAAUCUUACCACAAUUACAGAUUUCAUUCGGUCCGCCAUCAAUGAGCACCAUGUUGUGUGGAUAUCUUGGUUUGCUUAAAGAUUAACCAUUGUUAGCAACAGGUGUUUUUUUAACAUAGGAAAAUAUCCAGUUGGGGUUCAACCAACCUCUUUUUUUGAGUCUGGACUGUUUUUGGUUCUGUACAUACAUUUGUAUUUAUAGGCUUCAGACUAUGUACCAAUAUUAAGUUCAUAAUUCCAAACCACUUGACUAUUUUCCCAUUUUUGAGGGAGUGUAAUCUGGCUUCACAAAGUGCCUGACAAAUGGCAUUUUGGAACUCGGAUAUCGUCUUUUGUUGAAAACUGAAGUGUUGAUGAGAGAGCACAUUAUACAUGAAACACACAAGUGCAUGUAGGAACACAUGGUAACUUUUAUCAUAUUUAGGAUUUCUUGUGGACACAUUUUGGUCAAUAAUUGAUCAUUAAAAUUGCACACAUUGUAUAUAAUUCGUGGGGAAUGUGUAAAUAAAUGUAAAGAAGUAUGCAUCUUGA